AUGCCAAUCAGAGAACGGACUACUCCAGAACCCACUGUCAAGAACCAUAUUUGUAGAAAAACUCCACGGACACCAGUCCUAACAGGUCCUACAGAAAUAAUAUCAGGGACACCGACAUCGUGGACCUGUACAUCUGAUGGUGGCUAUCCAGUACAAAAAUUGUCUAUGAGGGUGGGAAAUUCAAAAUUUUCCACAGAACUUGAUACAAAGACGGCGUUUGAUAGCAAUACACAAACAUACACCGUAACUGGAACCCUUUCUUGGGCCCCAACAACAGCUAAUGACGGACAGACACUCUACUGUGAUGUAACUCAUCCGGAAACUAUAGGACCUAACAAUCCACAGACAGUCAGCCUACCAUUGACUGUUAAAUCCCCGUUGGAUGUAGAUGCGCCACAAACACAGUUUAACCCAACGACAGGGGAGACAAUCUCAUUAACGUGUAUAAUUACUUCUGGAACAGCAACUCAAGUCAGAUGGUACAAAAACAAUAAGCUUGUUAUUAUGGCGGCAAAUCUGAGAUUUUCUGGUGGUAACGCAAACACGCCGUCCCUUACAAUAACUCAGGUCCAACUCACUGAUGCAGGUAGCUACAUAUGUGGGGCUACUGAUGGCAGUGCCACGAGGAAUACGACUACCAUAACAGUAUCUCCAAAAGCAACACCACAACCGCCAACAUUGACCGGUCCAUCAACAUUAACACCAGGAACACUCUAUACGUGGACGUGUGUAUCGUUGGGUGGUUACCCAGAACAGACUAUGUCAAUCAGGGUAGAGAACUCUGUGUUUACUAAUGAAGCCACAUUUAAGUCUGAGUAUGAUGAUAGUUCAAAAGCUUUUAGAGUAACCGGAACACUUGUUUGGAGCCCAGGCACCACCACACCACAAACCCCAGUACUGACUGGUCCAGCCUCAGUUCUCUCCGGUACAUCUAACACAUGGACCUGUGUAUCCACCGGUGGUUAUCCAGAACAAACUAUGUCCAUCAGGGUCGAUAACUCUGUGUUUCGUAAUGAUGUGACGUUUAAUACGGUAUACGAUGAAAGUUCUAAGACAUACAGAGUAACAGGAACACUUGUAUGGAGUCCUACAACCACUUAUAAUGGAGAAACACUUUACUGUGAUGUUUUACACCCCGACACCUUAGGAAAUAGUCCACAGACACCACACCACAAACACCAGUACUGA